AUGGCGCUUAAGCGUAUCAACAAGGAGUUGACAGACCUCGGCCGUGAUCCUCCUUCAUCAUGCUCAGCCGGCCCUAUGGGCGAUGAUCUGUUCCACUGGCAAGCUACUAUCAUGGGCCCCGGCGAUUCUCCAUUUCAAGGCGGCGUCUUCUUCCUUGCCAUCCACUUCCCGACAGACUAUCCCUUCAAGCCACCAAAGGUCAACUUCACCACACGUAUCUAUCACCCCAACAUCAAUAGCAAUGGAAGCAUCUGUCUCGACAUUCUGAGAGACCAAUGGUCACCAGCGCUCACAAUAUCAAAAGUCCUUCUGUCCAUCUGUUCCAUGCUCACCGAUCCAAACCCCGACGACCCACUGGUGCCUGAGAUCGCUCAUGUCUACAAAACCGAUCGGGCCCGCUACGAGGCUACUGCUAGAGAAUGGACGCGGAAGUUUGCUAUCUAG